AUGUCAACUAUCCAAAACUUAAACGCAUUUGAUCCUUUCGCCGACACUGGUGAUUCUGAAGCUCAACCAACUAAUUAUAUUCAUAUUAGAAUUCAACAAAGAAACGGUAGAAAAACUUUAACCACUGUCCAAGGAUUACCAGAAGAGUAUGACUUAAAAAAAAUUUUAAAAGUUAUCAAGAAAGAUUUCGCUUGUAACGGUAACAUCGUUAAAGAUGAUGAAUUAGGUGAAGUUAUUCAAUUACAAGGUGACCAAAGAGGUAAAGUUGGUGAAUUUUUAGUCAGUCAAUUACAAUUACCUAAAAAGAAUAUCAAAAUCCAUGGUUUUUAG